CACAGGUAUACAUUGUACUGUGCUGUAGAAAUAGAUCAAUAGAGAAAGGUCUGUCACGAUGUCGGUUUCACUUCACGGGAUAGGAGAUUUCUGUGAAGUUGAAUAAAGGGGUCAUUCGUUCAACAGAAUCUGUUAAAUUUGGGAAAUACUCAUUGUGUUAGUGUGACUAUAAAGAGCCCAGUCGUACCAACCCCCCUAAUGAGGAGGGGCACUUGGGACGGGACCUGCUUGAAAUGGUACACGCCGGUUACAACACUUCUAUUUACAAUGAAUCUAAGGACGGACACAACGAGGGACGACGAGAGACGACACGACAUCACUGUGUUGAUGAGGAGGACGAAGAGGAUGAGCCAGAGGCCAGAUUGUGCUGUUUGGGAGGGUGUCUGACCGGAUGUUCUCUUUGUCUCCUCUUGGUCAUCAUCUUUCCUGCCGGUAUUUUGCUGUCGAUAUACGCUACAAGUAACAAGCAGUAUGAUGUCCUGGCGGCGGGAAUUAUUCUCGUGGUUUUCCCAUUGAUCACCAUCCCCAUAGUGAUAGCCGUGUAUCUCAACAGGCGGCGCAUCAUGCGCAUCCGGAAUCAGAAAGUCACUGACGGAGAAUGUAAAGGGAAUGCUAGUAAAUAUUAAUGACAUCAAUUUCUGGGUCUUCAUAUAGAUUCGGAAUCAAGAUAUUAAAAAUUGUGUGAAUUUUCAAUCAGAAACUGUGAUUCCGUUAGGUAGGAACAAGGAGAGAGAUGGACGACUCAUUCGAUGGCAGUUUGGCCAUGAAUGUUUCUGAGGCGAUGUACAUUACUCGUGUAUGUAGCUCCAGCAGUUUGGCCAUGAACGUUUCUGAGGCGAUGUACAUUACUCGUGUACGUUUCUGAGGCGAUGUACAUUACUCGUGUACGUUUCUGAGGCGAUGUACAUUACUCGUGUAUGUAGCUCCAGAGAUACAUACAGUACUCAUGUGUGUAAUUGUUAAACAUGUAAAUACUUGUUAUUUAUUUGACCGCUCAUAUUAUGUGCCAAAUUUUUUUUUUUUGUUAUCCGUUAAUGAUACAUACAUAGGUUGUGUCGAUGUAUGCGAUGUGAACAGUACUACAGUGACACUGAGGUUUAGGUUAGCAUGCUGUUUUUAUCUCAACCUCCCCCCAACCCAUUGUAUUUCCAUCAUGCCUACCAUUGUCAGUUAUUCUUAAUUCUUGAUGGUUGAGGUUGAUCAGGCACCUGUUUUUUAUUCCAAUUUUACUACAAAACACAGAUACUUGUUUAGUAAUGCAAUAUGGUAUCUUUAUUGCCGUGAAGCAUAAAAAUAUCACACUGGAAAAGAAGAUCGAUUGAAUUCCAUUUAAAUAUUACUCGGGUAUGAAUUUUUAAAGUUAAUACCCCACGCAGUAAAUAUAAAUGAACGAGCCGUGAAUAUAGAUGAACGUGCUUAGGGCGAUAACUAAUUGGCGGGUCGCCUUUUAUCCGAUCGAUUCGAAACUGGUAAUAAAAUAGGUUUCCCAGUAUGACAACUUCAUUGUCGUUGUUGUAUGACGGUUACAUCGACCCCGUAAAUAUGAAUUCCAGGCAGGUAAUAUGAGUCCAUAUUUCAGUUCAGUAUUUAUGUAAUAUUUCCCGAUGACAUACAUUGUAUGUGAAGGGUAAUGUCGACACAGAGAUAUGUACAGUCUCCACUAACUGGACCAGAUGUUAUAUUGACCCGGAAUCCUCCCGCCGUAUCGAUCGGAUGGCCUUACCCGUAGUCAGGCACGCUCCUACUUACGGCUUGGCAACCAGUCACGGCUAAAUGGCAAUUUCAUUAUGAGAUAUAUCCAUUGUUCUUAAAACGGCAUCUUGUGAUCGUAGUUUACGUUUUACCUCACUUUACUGAUUCCAUAAUGGCACAGACUUUUGUCAGCCCUUAGUAGCACAUCCUUCCCCUCGUUUAUCGCUAUUUGAUAUCCGUUGUUAUUAGUUUUAGAUAUACUACUGCCUACAAUGCUAACGCUGCCGCUGUAUCUAUGGAUCUGAUUGACGGGGUUUAUGUUUAGAGCUGGAUGUGUGUAGGAAAAAGCAAUGGUUAAGAAUGGACCUGUAGGGAAAUUUAUUACUAGAUAUAUUUUUACAAUCGAUCAGAGACUUUUCAUGACUUUAGACGGAAAUAACAAUUUCUUCCAAGAGAUGCUGUAAAUCUCCUCCACGAGAUGAUUAAUAUCUCUUCUACACAAUACUAUAAAUCCUUUGCACGAGAUACUGUGAUUCUCCUCCAUAAAAUACCGCGAAACUCUUCCGUAAAAUACCGUGAAACUCUUCCAUAAAAUACCGUGAAACUCUUCCAUAAGAGACAAUAACUAUCUUCCACGAAAUCCUGUAAAUCUUUCUCAUUAGAGACUCUAAAUAGUUUUAGCAGAUACUGUAAAUCUUCUCCACGAGAGACAAUACAUAUCCUCCACGAAAUGAUUAAAAUCUCUCUUAUUAGAGUCUCUAAAUGUAUUUCACAGACACUGUUAGUCUCUUCUAUUGAAGUGUUUGUAAAUCUCUUUCGCGAGAUAGUUAAUCUGCAUUUUUCUUCCGAGAGGUACUGUAAAUCUUAUUUAAAUGAUUUCGUUAAUACAUCCAGAGACAUUGAAAUAAACAGCACAGAUAUUUUGUAUUAUGAUUCAUAAGUAUUAGCAUAAAUACGAUAUCUAAUGGUGGUAUUAAUCGAUACAGUUAAUGAUCAGAUUGACAAUGGAUUAUAUUCUAGAAUUAUUGUUCUGGUAUGACAAGGUAUGAGGACACCAUCCAUAGAACGUUACGCUACUUUAUCCUAGGUCGCCCUGUUAGCAUCGUCUGGAUGAACAUUACGUAUGUAUAUGAAAGUUGACGUAUUUUUAUAAUAAUCCUGCUCCAGAUACUAACGUUUGACUAUGAUGGACAUAGAACUAGAUGUGUGAUUUUACUAUAACUUUAUUUGUAAAUUUUACGUGUGUGUUCAAUUGUGUUCAAACUUUUAAUAUGAUCUGUAAAGUAAAUAAUAAGUUGAGAGAGAGUAGAUCAACAUACCGUUAUAUAAAACCGUAUUGUUGUUGAAGACGUGAAGUGUCAUGUGACAUGUUUCAAUAUUUUUAAUGAUGCUAAAGAACAGAUUUGUUUUGUACAGUUAAAACGCCCGCAUGUCAGUAAGAUGUCAGUAAGAUAUUUGUACAAAAAUCAAUGUUUAGAUUUAUGUUCAUGAGUCAACAGAAUCAACGCACAAUUGUGUUAAAACAUAUUCUGAAAUAUUUCAAUGAUUCAAUAUUUAGAGACGUAAACAGAUAUUUCGUUAUGACUGUCGAUAUUGUUGUAUCAGAUUCAAACCAAGUAAGGGAUACACUGUUGUGAUCAACAUUAAGAAAAAAAUUAAAGCUAUUGAUUAUGUAAAUGCACACAGAAUUCAUUAUGCAAUAUUUAUGUAUAUAUUUUUCUAUGAUUACAUUGAUUUUCGUGUGUAUUUACAAAUGUAUAUAGAAAUGCUACAUAUAUAUAUUUGCACCGAAAAUAUAACAAAAUGGUCGACAUGUUAAAACACCAGUGCUGUGUUCAGAUUGCGCUGAAGGUCAAUAUAAGUUGUUUUAUGAUCCAAUACACGUUUUGUUUCACGUUCCCUUUCCUACCAUCACUAUAACUUCAAGUAAUCUAUAACAAAGGAAACUGGGCCUUUGUAAUCGAAAAACUCGCACUCUAAGCAUUUUUUUUUUUUUUAAUUUCUAUGUAUUUGUAAUAAUUAAUUAAAAUGAAGUUUCAGUCGGUAGACAGUGUUUUGCGACAAAUGUACAUUACAAUAUAAUGUGGGAUAUCGGGAGUAGGCUAUUUAGUAGGAGACCAAUUUCGCAUUAUAAUGUCCAUAGCAAAUCGGGAGUAGGCUAUUUAAUAGUUCUAAAGUUUUAAUUAUUUUUACCUGUAAAACACUCACUAGUUUUAUUUUUCUACCUUUCUGUAAUUUUUAAAUUUCAACAAUCAGAGAACGAAAAACAUGACGCGUUUUAGCCAAUAAAACCAAUCGACGUAUUUUAUUGUAUGAUACCUAUACAAGGACGCCCUCUAUUGGUUAGUUCCGACACUACGUCACACUAGUCCGUGUUCUCCCUGUCCUAGUGUGUAGUCUGGUCUAUUGAGACUCACACUCGUUAUUGUAAUGAAAACAUGUUUCCCAUUUGUUGGAAUAAAUAUUUUAACGGUU